GGUAAAGGUGGUAAGGGGUCCCCCAAGACGACGCCCACCAAGAAGUCGUCAGCCGCGUCGAAGAAGGUGACAGGCUCUCCAGUCGUACAUACGCCUCUCGACAAGGCCAACAAGGUCAUUAUCAAGUUACCACCUUUGAUGCCGGUUGACAGCAACCUUGUCCGUUACACUUCGCUAGCCGAAGAGAAGCAGACCGAUACCGUCAAGCGAGAGUGCUUUACGUGUGGAUGUCGGGAUCCACCUAGUUGGAGGAAAAGUACUCUUUCCCCCAGUCGGAUCCUCUGCAACCGCUGCGGUAUCUAUGAACGAUCCCAUAAGAAGGUCAGGCCCAUUGGUGAGGUCGAGAUGCGCGCGGUGACCGUCGCCGCCACGGCCGCCAAGAAGGUGAAGGGAAAGGGAGGACAGAAAAAGUCUGCCGCCGGUUCCGGGAACGCCGCCACUGGAACGCAGUUGAGGAGCUCGUAUGCUGCUCAUCCAAUGACUCCGGCUGGGUACGCCAACGGUCAUGCCAUGUACUCUUCUUACGGCCAGGAGAAUGACGCUCGACGAGUGUCGGCCGUGUCGGGGCUCCCGCCUGGAAUCACCGAUCCCGCUGGCUACUCGACAAAAGCGACGAAGACUUCCAAGAAGGCUCGAGUUUCUGGCAGGAGCGUGAUAUCAUCCCGCGAAAAGUCUGGCGGCUCUAGCUUCAAGACGUUUACCAAUUGUGCGCCAUAUUCGGGAGUGCCGAGGAUGGAACCGUACCAGCACGCCCUUGUGGCUCAUCGAUCCGAUUUAACGAGCUCGGUGCCGUUGGAAAAGGCUCAUGGGAGCGGAAGGCCGACUGCACUUCACCGAAGCGCAUCUGCGAUGCCAGCGGCAGUGCCAUCCAACAUGGCGCCUUGGGGAAACCCUUACGGUGAUGAUGACGAAGAGGACGAACAGUAGGCUGGAGAGAUAUGGAGUUUUUGGUCUUGCUUGCGAACGACUGGUCUUUACGAUAAUACACGCCAUAGCUGUGCUUUAGUGAUGCUUAUAUAUUCUGUUGUUCUGUUGUAACCUACUAUGAGUACGAGUCUGGUGAAUCAGAG